UGCGAUUUAUCAGCAUAACAUCUCCCGGGAGCCCUGGCUUCAAGUUGGUGCGACUAGCUUUCAAGAUCGACAUUUUUUCUUUUUACUCUGAAUUGAGGUCAAUUUCUGCUAUAUUUGAAGAAUUGUGCAACUGAACAUCAGUUUUAUCCAAAAUGAGCCGGCCAAUGGAGGAAGAUGGUGGCAAGAAUGAAGAGGAAGAGUUUAACACAGGACCGCUAUCUGUGCUCAUGAUGAGUGUUAAGAAUAACACACAGGUGCUGAUCAAUUGUCGGAACAAUAGAAAGCUUUUGGGCCGAGUUAGAGCUUUUGAUAGGCACUGCAACAUGGUGCUUGAGAAUGUCCGAGAAAUGUGGACUGAGGUGCCAAAGACUGGGAAAGGCAAGAAAAAGGCACAGCCAGUUAACAAGGAUAGAUUCAUUAGUAAAAUGUUCCUCCGCGGAGAUUCUGUCAUCAUUGUUCUCAGGAACCCCAAAUAGGCUGUCAUCUCUCUCUAAUCAACUGACAGUAACUAGUGGGAGUGAUUUGUCUGUAAUAUUUGCCAUUUUACUGAUGCUGACAACGAGUAAUGUGGUCGUGAUGGCUAAGCUGAUACCCUCCGAACAUGGUUUAAAUAUUAUCUUUGCUAGGAUAUGGACUAUAUGUUUUGAUGUCAACCCUUGGCCCCCCGGGGGGGUGUUUGAGUGACUCGUAGGACGACGAUAAUUGGUGGAACAUGUGUACUUGCCAUGUACGCCGUAUAGUUGAUGCUUGAUUUUGCCAAAUGUACGUUUCUUGGGGCAUAUGGGAAACGCGUGUAGAGGAGAUUUUAGCGAAGUUCUCAACGUUUAUCACAAUUUCAUGCAAUGGCCAAAGUUUUGCAGUUUUAUUU